CCCCCCCACACCCCCGGCGCGCGUGCACGUGCGCGGGGCCGCGCAAUUAAUGGCCAUGAGCUCGUUCCUGAUCAACUCCAACUACGUGGACCCCAAGUUCCCACCCUGCGAAGAAUACUCGCACGGCGAUUACCUCCCCGACCACUCGCCGCCGGAGUAUUUCGGCGCCCCGAGGCACCGGGAGAGCACUUGCCAGCAUGAAGCGAUGUUGGAGGCGCGCUCCGCCUGCGGCGAGCAGCUCUUCCCGUCCUGCCCGCAGCCCCCGCGCUCGCCCCGCGGUCACGUCCAUCCUCCGGCCGGGCCCCGCACCCCCAGCCCGCCCUCCUGCAGCCGCGACCCGGCCAAGCCCGGCUCCGAGCCCGUGGUUUACCCCUGGAUGAAAAAAGUCCAUGUCAGCACGGUGAACCCCAACUUCUCUGGGGGGGAGCCCAAGCGCUCCCGCACCGCCUACACCCGUCAGCAGGUGCUGGAGCUGGAGAAGGAGUUUCACUACAACCGGUACCUGACGCGGCGCAGGAGGAUCGAGAUCGCGCACUCGCUGUGCCUGAGCGAGCGCCAGAUCAAAAUCUGGUUCCAGAACCGCCGCAUGAAGUGGAAAAAGGAUCACAAGUUACCCAACACCAAGAUCAGGGCCGGCUCCUCCUCCUCCUCCUCCUCCUCCUCCUCCGGAGCGCUGCCGGUCCCGCCAGGAGCGGCCCAGAUCGCACAGGGGGGAUCCCAAAUCCAGAUCCCACAGGGGGGAUCCCAAAUCCAGACCCUGCAGGGAUCAGGAUCCCAAAUCCAGAUCCAACAAGGGGGAUCCCAAAUCCAGACCCUGCAAGGAUCGGGAUCCCAAAUUCAGACCCUGCAGGGAUCAGCAUCCCAAAUCCAGAUCCAACAAGGAGGAUCCCAAACCCAGAUCCCACAGGGGGGAUCCCAAAUCCAGACCCUGCAAGGAUCAGGAUCCCAAAUCCAGAUCCAACAAGGGGGAUCCCAAAUCCAGAUCCAACAAGGGGGAUCCCAAACCCAGAUCCCACAGGGAGGAUCCCAAAUCCAGACCCUGCAAGGAGGAUCCCAAACCCAGAUCGCACAGGGGGGAUCCCAAAUCCAGACCCUGCAGGGAUCAGGAUCCCAAAUCCAGAUCCAACAAGGAGGAUCCCAAAAGCAAAUCCUGCAAGGAUCAGGAUCUCAAAUUCAGACUCUACAAGGAGGAUCCCAAAUCCAGAUCUCACAGGGGGGAUCCCCAAUGCAGAUCACACAGGGAGGAUCCCAAAAGCAAAUCCUGCAAGGAUCAGGAUCCCAAAUGCAGAUCCCGCAAGGAGGAUCACAAGUUCAGAUCCCACAAGGAACAGGAUCCCAAAAGCAGAUCCUACAGGGAGGAUCCCAAAUGCAGAUCACUCAAGGAGGAUCCCAAAAGCAAAUCCCGUCAGGAGCGGGAUCCCAAAUGCAGAUCCUGCAAGGAGGAGGAUCCCAAAGCCAAAUCCCACCAGGAGGAUCCCAAAAGCAAAUCCUGCAAGGAGCAGGAUCCCAAAUCCAGACCCUACAAGGAGGAUCCCAAACCCACAUUCCACCAGGAGCAGGAUCCCAAAUUCAGAUCUCGCCAGGAGGAUCCCAAAUCCCGACCCUACAAGGAGGAUCCCAAAUCCAGAUCUCGCCAGGAGGAUCCCAAAUCCAGACCCUACAAGGAGGAUCCCAAAUUCAGAUCCCAUCAGGAGGAUCCCAAAUCCAGACCCUACAAGGAGGAUCCCAAAUCCAGCUCCCCCCGGGACCACCCCCCCAGCCCCGACCCCACGCACCGACCCCCGCCCUAUAACCGCCCCCGCACAUCUCGACCUCAAACUCCUGCUGUAACUUUAACUUUAAUUUUAAUUAUUUUAAUUUUAAUGACUUUUUAAUAAUAAUUAUUAUUCGCACGCGGGGCUCUCCCGUUAUUUAUGUUCGGGCCGCAGCUCUGCGCCCUCAAAGGAGCCCGGACGGGCUUUUUUAUUUGGGAUUUUUUGGGGGUUUUUGGGAUUUUUUUUUUUUUUUUUAAAUAAAUUUGGCGAAGCCGGAUCCUGGUUUCGUCUUUAAUCAGCGCGGCUCGGCCCAUUUGUCAUGUUCGCUGUGCCGCACAAAGGCCGCGCCGAUGGCGGCGAUUGUCCCGACAGCAGCGGCGAUAAUGGAUGAGCCGCGGCUGCUGCGGGACCGGCUGCGCUGCCGGCACCACCCCUGGGGUUUUAUUUUAUUUUUUUUUUAUUUUUUCCCCGCUUUUAAAUUUAUUUUUUUCCUUU